CAGUGUCCUAGUGGUGCAUUAUAAGGAUGCUGAUCUAUAAAUAUAAGUGAACACAAUGUCUCCCUCUAGUGGCUCCUUCUUGGUGGUGCACAUUCAGAGUCCUGCAGCUGUCCUCUCAAAGUUCAGUUAAUGAUCUAGUAAAUAGUUUAAUAUCUGUAUGACUGUUGAAGACAUGAUGUGAGAAGUGACAGGAUGAAAGAGAAACCUGCAGGGUGUUCUGGUUACACUUUAAGUCAACAGAGUCUCUUGUCUUCUCUCUGGACAUGAAGACACUUGUUGGUGUCUCUGUCUCUGCUGCCAUGUGAUCCGUCUGCAGAAUGUCCUCCGUCAUCCUCAGCCCUCCUGCUGCCCGGUAACACCCCUCCUCUCUCGGUGUCUUCCAGCUGACCUGCAGCAACACGUUGACUUCCAGAGGAGGUUUCAGCCGCGGAGCGACAUGCGCUCCUUAGCCGGCCUGGCUGCUCUGGUGGCGGCCGCCAGCGUCUUCCUCUACCUGCUGUCAGCUCACCUUCCUCCGGGACCGACCAGCCUCCAGCCAGAGGACCAGGACCAGGACCAGGACCAGGACCAGGACCAGGACCAGGACCAGGACCAGGGGGAGGGACAGGACGAGGCGGGGGUCCGGGAGUUCAGGCUGAAGUUCCCGUCGGACCUGGACGAGCUGCGGGAGCUCGCUGAGAUGCUUAAGUUUUAUAAACAAGAACAUCACGGCUACGUUCUGCUGCUGUUCUGCAGCGCCUACCUCUACAAGCAGUCCUUCGCCAUACCGGGCUCCUCCUUCCUGAACAUGUUAGCCGGAGCCAUAUUCGGGCCCUGGGAGGGUCUGAUGCUGGCCUGCGUACUCACCACUGUCGGCUCCACGUUCUGCUUCCUGCUCUCCUCUACGUUUGGAAAGCAGCAUGUUGUUCACUUCUUCCCAGAGAGGGUGGCCCUGCUGCAGAGGAAGGUGGAGGAAAAUCGUAGCAGUUUGUUCUUCUUCCUCCUUUUCCUUCGUUUCUUCCCCAUGACUCCUAACUGGUUCCUUAACAUCACCUGUCCCGUCCUCAACAUCCCUAUGCCCAUUUUCUUCUCCUCUGUGUUCAUAGGUUUGAUCCCCUACAACUUCAUCUGUGUCCGUACGGGCUCCAUGCUGUCAGAGAUCUCCUCCCUGGAUGACAUCUUCUCCUGGGCGACGCUCGCUCAGCUCCUGGCCAUCGCCCUCAUGGCUCUCCUCCCAGGAGCGCUGAUCAAACAGUACAGCAAAGGUCACCUCAAGGUGGACGGCAUGGACAGUAACGGAGCCAGCCAGGAGGCUGAGGUCAAGCAGGACCGGAAGAGGCGAUGAUUCUGGGAUGAAUCAUCUGGUUUGGGAUUUACCCAACAUCAUGCCAGAAGGAAACACUCUCUCCACCGGGAGGCAUGUGACCUUCUGUCCACUUCAGCCUCGUGAUUUGUGUAAGGUCACACCGAAAGCUCGUCAUACUUAUAGUAUGAUCUGUUCUGAACGUUUGGAAAUGUCUUCAGGUCGUGUUGCACCGGGCUUCAAGACUACAGUUUCCUUUAAAUGCUAUUACACAGAGCUAAAGUCUUCUGAGAUGGGCCCUAAAGUUCUUUAGUCUUACAAUAAAAUAAGGUCUUAAGUUGAGGCUGAA